AUGAGAUUCCAAACCUCGCCCUGGAGUAUCCUGGCGAUACUGUCGCUCGUUUUGAACCAUGUCUCCGCCGUCGAUAUCGACAUCGACAGUGCCGACUCGAUCAAGGAUGCCGCCUCCGAAAUCGCCUAUGGCUUGAUGAAGUGGUACACCGGCAACAACACUGGUGAUGUGCCCGGCAACUUGCCCGACCCCUACUACUGGUGGGAGGCCGGUGCCAUGUUCAUGAGCAUGGUCGAGUACUGGUACUACACCGGCGACGAGACGUACGUCCCGCAGACCAAGCAAGCCCUGAUCCACCAGACCGGCGACAAGAACGACUACAUGCCCACCAACCAGACCCUGACCGAGGGUAACGACGACCAGCUUUUCUGGGCCCUGGCCGCCAUGAGUGCUGCCGAGCUGAAGUUUUCCGACCCCGGCGACCUCGCUGCCUCCUGGGUCGCCCAGGCCCAGGCUGUCUUCAACGAGCAGGCCGCUCGCUGGGAUGGAGCAAACUGCGAUGGUGGUUUGCGCUGGCAAAUCUACUCGUUCAACGCAGGCUGGAACUACAAAAACACCAUUUCCAACGGCGGCUUCUUCCAGCUGGCCGCCCGCUUGGCCCGCUACACCGGAAACGAAACCUACGUUGACUGGGCAGAGAAGAUGUGGGACUGGGCCGCCGGCACCGUCAUUCUCGACACCGACACGUGGACCAUCAACGACGGAACGAGUGUGACGAACAACUGCAGCACGGCCGACCACACGCAAUGGACCUACAACUACGGAACCUUCAUUGUCGGAUGCGCCUUCCUGUACAACCACACCGAGAACGAGAUCUGGAAGACGCGUGCUUCGAACCUGCUGAAGUCGGCAUACUCGACCUUUUUCCCGGAUUACAUGACGGCCAACAUCAUGGUCGAGGUCACCUGCGAGCCGUCUGCAAACUGUGAUUACGACCAGUCGUCCUUCAAGGCAUACUUGUCGCGCUGGCUUGCUCUGACCGCGCAGAUGAUCCCGGACUUCUACGAGGAAAUCUUCACAAAGAUCCGAGCAUCCGCAAAGGGAGCGGCGGGCCAGUGUUCGGGCUCCGCAAAGACGGCCGGCAACACGUGCGGUCGCGAGUGGAACUCGACAGUGUGGGACGGCACCUACGGCGUUGGUGAGCAGAUGGCGGCGUUGCAGAUCGUCGGCGCCCUGAUGAUCGACAAGGGCUCCCUGGCUGCCCCGGUCACAUAUGCGACUGGCGGUACCAGUAAAUCCGACGGCAGCGCUGGAACGGGGUCAGGGGCAAGUAGCACGGAUGGCACUUACCAGACCCUGUCGCCCAUCAGCGCGGGCGACAAGGCUGGCGCCGCAAUCCUCACCAUCGCCAUCAUGGUGGGCACAUUAGGAGGAGCGGCAUGGAUGAUGAUGGGCGAUUUCUGA